UGAAAUGUAACUUUGUAUCCGGGAGUGGCAGCAUUAGGAGCGCCGCUCCGUUUGCCGCGCUCCUCGCCUUUGUUUGCUGCCCACAGUUAAGUUCAGCGCUUUUCGGAUUCAAAUCUUUGCACCAGGCUCCGCUAUUCGCUGCUUUUUGAAAUAAAAGGGGGGUAUUUUUCCAGACAUGCGCGCUGCCAAACGAAUUGGGAGUUGCAGAGUUGGCGAGGCGGACAUGGUUCAUUGCGAUUCCCCGGCGUUUGCAGCCCAGACCCCGAGGGCGCCGCGCUUUCCUCCUGCACGGCUGUAAUCCAGGGUGUAACUAUGGGCAUUGUUACGAAUGACAACACGAGAACCUGGACCUCUACUUAAUAUUGUUACAUUUUUGGAAAUAGAAAGAGGCCCAAGAUCGACACACAUGGUGACAUAGAAAUAUUACGAAGUACAAUGAACGAUUUGUCAAAUUAUUGUGGGCUGUGGUUGUGAAUCAGCUGGUUGGUGAAUGACCCCUGAGCAAUCUUCCCUGACAUCCUGUCCCCAACUCACUUGCAGGUAAAUAUGGAUAAUUUUGAAGAGGACUUAACUUGUUCCGUAUGUUACUCUAUCUUUGAAGACCCCCGCGUGUUGCCUUGUUCUCACACCUUUUGUAGAACAUGUUUGGAGACUAUUAUCUACGAAUCGGGAAAUGUCUCCAUUUGGCGACCUCCGAAGAUCCCACUGAAAUGUCCAACUUGUAGGAGUGUUGUGGAUCUCCCAGCCACGGGCAUUGUCUCUUUACCUAUAAACUUUUCACUGAUGGGAAUUAUUGAGAAAUAUCAGAAAGAACAGCCCAAGUCUCCCAAAUGCCCAGAACACCAGCAGCCAUUGAACAUGUUCUGUUUGUUGGAUCGUAAACUGGUGUGUGGUUAUUGCUUAACAGUGGGCCAGCAUCAAAGUCAUUCCGUUGAUAAUCUCCACAAUGCUUAUGUUAAAGAAAAGGAGCAAGCUGGCAAACUUGUUGACCACCUUACUGAUAAAUAUUGGGCAGACUUAUCCAUGUUCAUCGAAAAACUGGAGCAUCAGAAAUUGCAAGCUGAACACAUACUUCAAGAUGAUAAAGUGAUUGUCAACCAAUAUUUUGAAGAUCUUCAAAAAACUAUAGAAACAAAAAAGCAUGCUCUUCUGGCAAUAUUAGCCGAUGCCAACUUAAAAAUCACAAAUGAAUACGAUCCACUAAUUCAGAAAAUGAAAGAAUUUAAGGAAGAGCAACGCAACCUUAUAACAUUCAGCACAUAUGUAGAAGAGGAAGAGGAUCCCUUGAUGUACCUGGAGAAAAUUCACACAUUCCGGCAGAGAGCAAACGCAUUGAUGAAAACGCAGCUUCCAGUCAUUCACCCGUUGAAUGUGCACUCACCGACACAACAAUUUCUGACUGAGAAAUGGUCCAAGGUCACAGUCGGCCGUAUUAAAGAAGCACCAAUUCUGCAAACAACAGAUUUUUUGGAAAUCCACUGGAAUAAACGUAUUGCAAUGUAUCUCAAGCAAAAAGGAUUUUCUCCAAGACUGAUGAUUACAAUUAUAUUUUUAUUCCUCUUGUUACUACAGAGCAUUUUGUUUAAGGAAUACUGGGUUGCUGUUUUCAGUACCACGGUUUUUAAUUUCCCACAGCUGAACACGUUAAGUGACACUGUAGUAGAAUUUUUUGCUGGUGUUCGUUUUUUUAAUGCUACUUUACAACAUUCUGUACAAUUGCUAACUAAUUAUUUUGCUCAACUGACGGAUUAUUUUCCAAUAUUUAAUAAAUAAUGGGUUUUCAAUUUACCACCAUUUUUCAAGCUUAUUUCCUUCAGAAAACCCACUGAACAAGUCCAUCGAUAGGAAUGGUUAAGAAGGAUAUGGGCCAAAUGCAGUUAGGUGGGAAUAGUGUAGAUGGGGCAUCUUGGUCAGCGUGGCAGUUUAGCGCUGAAGGGCCCAUUUCCGUGCUGCAUGGCUAUUCAGUUUAGCUGACGUGUGGAUUUCCACUAUAUUAUUUUUUAAUGAUUAGUUUAGUAAUGCAAGGUAGAAUGUGCAGGUAUGAAGCUAAAUUACAGUCUGCAGUUCACUUUUUAAUAUAAAACUUUAUAAUGUAUAUUAUAUAAUGUUUGAUCUUAGCCCUUAACUAUUUUUGUAGUUCAUUGGUUUAAUGAAAUUAAAGAAAAAUUAUGAAAACAUUUGUAGAUAACAAAUUGAUUUUAAUGACAUUAAAGCUCAUGUACAAGAUUCCCAUCCCAUUAAUUCAGACAGGAUUCAAAUGAAGGAUGGGUUUAAAAAGCGUGCUCAGGCUCCAGUAAGAAGGGAUAUGUUUUUUUCAGUGAAGGUGGGAGUUGCUGUGGGAAUGUGGUUCCGUAUAGUCUUUUUUUCCCCACCUGUUACUGUUCCCCACCAGAGAUGUUCACCUUGCUCCGUAUUUUUGGUACAUCAGGAGAUGGAGCCAGCUACUUCCCCUGCCCUGUCUACUGGAAGGAUUCUUAACCAUAAAUGCAAACCUGGAAUUUGAUAUUUAACAUUAAGGACAAUGCAGCGCAAAGUAUGUUACGUGACAAACCAUCCAGGAAUAAAUACAAUCUAAGGGAAUCAAGAUGUGGAAAAUUCUUACUGCAGAGGAAUAUUUCAAACUCAAAUGCAUCCACUAAACUAGGUUGGUGUGGUUUUCAUUUGACACAAACCGCAAGCAACAUAAUCCACCAGUGUUUAUUCUUAUGCUUCCAAACUCUGAAGAACUGACUCCAAAUUGCUGGAAACUUCUCCAAGAGGCAACUACUCUUGUUGCAAACUUUUGCUUUAUCUAUGGAUGCUCACAACUAUUCACGUGUAAGUAAUAGCUGCAACCAGGAAGGAAAUGUUUCAGAAAUCAUGAGGACGGGUAUUGGGACAAAAGGAAGUAAAUGAAUAAAAACAGAUUGAUUUUGUUAAACUAAUUAACUACUCAGACUGCUUUUCAUUAGCUACAUUUGCAUUGGAUGAAGUGAGUAAAUGUGCUGCCGAUCAUCUCUGGAAAUAUUUCCUUCCUGAUGAAUAAGAAAACAGAUAUAGGACCAGUAAUAAUAUUUUAUCCCAAUCAACAUGGAAAAUAUUAUUUAUGAUUAACAACUGUUUGCUGCCAAAUAUUUUUUUUUAAAUCACAGAUCACUAUCUUAAAAUAAUCAGUACCUUCUGAAAUGUAUUGACUUUCUGGAAUAUUGAAAGUGCAACUGAUUUUUUAACCAAAAGAAAAUCCAAGUCUUUCUUGUAAAACUGCGAUUCCCACUAGGUUCAUCCCAACUACCACUGAAAAAGAGCAUUGAGUUAUAUAGGAAACAUUUUGGUGAUGGAGGUGGGGAUAAGUAUGGUCUAGUAAGAGGGCACUUAAAAGCAGACUGCACAUUUUGAAAAUGCCCAGGUUCACAACUGGAUGAAUGUCUACGUAAAGCUUGAGUUUUGGAUUUGAAGAUCCAAAAUAUAUUGUAUAUGUAUUUGGGUAGGGUGGGGAGGAGAAUUAAGGAGAAUAACACUAAUCAUGCUGGGAUGCAAAUAUUGCAGAGCGUUGAUAAUAUGCAGAAUUUUACUUAUGAUGACUAAUGUAUACAUAUAUUGACAAGUUAAUAGUCACAAACUCAAACUAUGCCUGCAUGGAAAAUGUGCAUACAUAAUUGAAUUGUAUUAUCAUUUGUACCAAAUGUCUAUUUUUCACAAUAACCAUAUACUUCGUGGUAUUACUGACGAUAUUUAAAUAUAUGUUAUGUACUAGCACAACAAACAGCAAUAAAAUCAAAUUUGAAAAUAA